AUUCACCCCCCCAAGAAUACCGUCGACCCCCAUCGUCCCUGGCGCGCCGCAAAUGCAUCCUCGCCGGGAUGGAUACGUAAAACCGACGUAAAACCGAUAGAUACGUAAAGCGCCCGUAAUUCGAUUAAAGACCCCGCCGCUCCCGACGGGGUGAAUUCGACGAGAGUCGCGGUUGAAUCGGAAGAACGAUGGUCGCCGGAAACCGUAUCUUCCUCCCGGACAAUUUCGACGCGGAACGUUAAUUGUUUCUUUUUUCUUCUUCUUCUUUUGCAACGUGACUGCAAUAUUUAACGGCGCUGAUCGCAAAGGUUUAACGAAGCUCAAAGGAUCUCAACAGCGCGCGCGCGCGCGCGCCUGAUCUACGCGGAAUCUUUUUUACUCCCCGUCGUCGGUUUUAGUAUCCGCGUCAGCCUUUGACAUUCAGUCGCUUAUAGAGUUUGCGAUUCUUCUCGAGGGGGAGAGAAGUCUCUCUUGCCCGGACGCGUCGUCUCCAUUCGUUCGUUUCGCAACGUUAAUUGCAGCGGGACGCUUGAUCUCGAGUGCGGCACCGGGCGAAGUAAUAGCCGUUGCCCACGAAGCGAUCGAGCGGGCAUGACCUAUCGAACAUCCACCGGCUCCUCGCCGUUAGGCCGGGCCUUAGUCGCGAAAGCACCCCCGCUGAAAGUUACCGAACGUCUCUUCUUCUUUCAGGCGUGUCUGGCGGAGGGUACCAGCCGCGAAGCGUGUUGUGCUUAACGGCACUAUUAGAAUAGUAGACUAGUUAGUGCUUUAAUUAUCCGCUAAUUGGGUCCCGGGAUUCGUCGGGAAAUCGGGGGAUUCUGGAAGGGACUUUAAGCAGCCAUGGGGAAACAAAACAGCAAGUUAAAGCCGGAGGUGCUGGAGGACCUCAAACAGAAUACUGAAUUCUCAGAUGCGGAGAUCCAGGAGUGGUACAAAGGGUUCUUAAAGGAUUGUCCCAGCGGGCACCUCAGCGUGGAGGAGUUCAAGAAGAUAUACGGGAAUUUCUUCCCUUACGGUGAUGCGUCCAAGUUCGCCGAGCACGUAUUCAGGACGUUCGACGCAAACGGCGACGGCACGAUCGAUUUUCGGGAAUUUCUCUGCGCCCUCAGCGUAACGUCCCGCGGCAAGCUGGAGCAGAAGUUGAAGUGGGCCUUCAGCAUGUACGACCUGGACGGCAACGGUUACAUCUCGCGACAAGAAAUGCUGGAGAUCGUGACGGCGAUCUACAAGAUGGUCGGCUCCGUGAUGAAGAUGCCGGAAGACGAGUCGACGCCGGAGAAACGAACUGAUAAGAUAUUCCGACAGAUGGAUAAGAACAAGGACGGCAAGCUAUCGCUUGACGAGUUCAUAGAGGGUGCGAAGAGCGACCCGUCUAUUGUGCGACUGUUGCAGUGCGAUCCUAGUGCACAAGCUCAGUGAGACCCUGGGCCAAUACAGACAAAUAUCGAUAUGCCAUCUGCAUACCUGAAUCGGUGCCCGGCCCAAUUGGUAUCCCAAGCGGAGGCGACGCGAUCGUAGAGAGCUGGGCCGCACCAGGCCCGGGUGGUCCCGGGCGAGGAAGCUACCGAAAAAAAUUAUCUUCGCGGCCGUUUGGUUGUUUUGCGUGUUAACGCCAUUACAUUAGACACUUUUACUCAUAGAAUGCGAACGUCUUAUUCGUCAACAAUCCCCCGAAACGAGUUCGCCCCACGUAGCAUUCCUCUUUCGAGGAUAGGAAUAUCGUUGCACGACGAAGUGCGUUUGUUAAACGAGCGGACAGUCGUGUAGGUUUUAAUUGUGCGUUUUUGGAUCACGUCCGACACGGAAAACAUAGGAAUUCGAAAAUACCGAUGUUAGAGGGAGAGAGAAAAAUGGAAGUUUAUUUUCCAAUUAACAGCGGAACACGCGAUUAGCGCCCUCGACUUUAAUCAUUUGAUGUCGACUAGAAAAUUCGUUGCCCGAAGAUAUCAUUUCGGCGGUUUCCUGCAGAUAGUCUACGGUCGCGUGGGCUCAUGCGCGAGCACAGAACGCGUAAAGGCUUGUAUGAAUUGGGCCGGUAUCCCCGAGAGGUCCCAGGGUCACUGGGCCCAUGGCGCUUGCGCAUACCGCAAGCUAGUCGACAAGACUAGUCCAGUCGCUCCGUUUCAUUGACGGAUCGGUUUAGCGAGAAGCUUGUUACGCCUUCUUCGGGUCGUAUUUAGAGAAGCGCCGGGCGCGCUGCGCCGCGCCGCCCAUGCGGCGAACGCCAUCCGCGAAAGAGAAGAGGACGUUGCGUCGACGCCGCGACGACGUGUCUCGGCGGCAGGCCGUGCGGCUCGGUCGGGACCGAGACCGGUUCGAGACGAGUCGCGAGACGAUUUGGCGAAAUUCUAAAAUACUCUCUGUGUUCCCGAGAAUGUUGCGAUUUUUCAUGGCACCAGAGAGCGAGCGAGAGCCUCUGACGGUCGGCGACGUUCCGUCACCUUCUUCUUUCCAGACAGCGAGAGCGUGCGGAUCGAAACGUCGCGCGUCAUCAGCGGAACUUUGCACACACCAG